CUUGACGUACUGACCCUGGUCCGGUCUUGUCAAACUGUCACCGACACUGGGAUCUCACGUCGGCUGGCUACUGUCUCUCGGCGAUGGAGCGGAAAGUUGCUCGGGAAUUUAGGCACAAGGUGGAGUUGCUGAUUGAAAAUGAAGCAGAGAAGGAUUACUUGUACGAUGUCCUCCGCAUGUAUCACCAGUCGAUGGAUUUGACAGUGUUGGUGGGGGACCUGAAGCUGGUCAUCAACGAACCAAAGCGCUUGCCCUUGUUUGAUGCCAUCCGACCUCUCAUCCCACUCAAACACCAGGUGGAGUACGACCUGCUCACCCCCAAGAGGUCACGAAAGCUCAAGGAGGUGCGUUUGGAUCGCACACAUCGCGAUGGACUGGGCCUGAGUGUCCGAGGAGGGCUGGAGUUUGGCAGUGGUCUCUACAUAUCACAGAUUGUCAAAGACGGUCAGGCCGGGAAUGUUGGCCUUCAGGUUGGUGAUGAGAUUGUGCGCAUCAAUGGAUACUCCAUCUCCUCCUGUAUCCACGAGGAGGUUGUCAGUCUCAUCAAGACGAAGAAGAUUGUUUCACUCAAAGUCAGGCAUGUGGGGAUGAUCCCAGUGAAAAGCUCAUCAGAUGAACCCCUCAAGUGGCAGUUUGUUGACCAGUUUGUGUCUGAGUCAGGGGAGAAAAAAAGCAGCAUUGCAGGCUUGGCAUCCAUUGGAGGCAAAGAAAUCAAGGAGAAGAAGGUUUUCCUCAGCCUCGUGGGUACCAAGGGUAUGGGCAUCAGCAUUUCCAGUGGUCCAACCCAGAAACCUGGUAUCUACAUCAGUAACGUCAAGCCAGGCUCCCUUUCUGCAGAAGUUGGACUUGAGAUUGGAGACCAGAUAGUGGAGGUGAACGGGGUGGAUUUUACUAAUACGGACCACAAAGAGGCUGUGAGAGUCUUGAAGAGCGGCAGGAGUCUGACUAUUACGGUUCUGACAGGAGCUGGCAGGGAGCUGUUCAUGACAGAUGAGGAGCGUUUGGCAGCGGAGUCCCGCAGGGAGCUGGAUAGGCAGGAGCUGAUGCACCAGAAGAGGGUGGCACUGGAGACCAACAAAAUCAUUAAAGAGCAGCAGGAGAAGGAGAAGCAGAGAAAGAUGGAGAUCGCUCAGAAAGCUGCAGAGGAAGAGGAGCGCUAUAAAAAAGAGAUGGAGAAGAUUGAGGCUGUGGAGAGGGAGCACAGCAGAGAGUGGGAGGAGGACUGGGGAGCCAAAGAAAGACCCAAGAGUCCUAAGAGCCCACAACGCGCCCCACCUGAGACAAAAACCACCAAGGCCAAGAGUUCUCCGUUUGGCUGGUUGUAUCGAUAUGAGGGAAAACUGCCGUCACUCCGCAAGAAAGGAGAAAAGAAGAAGAAAAAGAAGAAAGGGUCCAACAUGGACACACUGCAGGAGCAGAGAAAGAACAAGAAGGAGAUGGAGUUUGAGCUGAAACUCGCCAAGGAGAAGGAAGAGAUGUAUGAACGAGAGAAGCAACUGAAGAUCAGUCGGCUGGUCCAGGAGGUCUCAGAGACGGAGAGAGAAGACCUGGAGGAGUCAGAGAAAGUGCAACACUGGGUGGAGCGUCUUUGUCAGACUCGGUUGGAGCAGAUAUCCUGCGUGGAGAAUGACUCCCCAGAGCCUCCAGAGAUGCUGAAACGGAUGGUGCCUUACAACUCGUCUUUUAAAUCAGACAGGAAACGACAAGAAUUUCAGAAAUACGAGGAAGAUUUUGAUCCCUACUCCAUGUUCUCCUCGGAGCAGAUAGCCGGGCGAGAUGUGAGACUGCUGAGAAUCAAAAAGACUGGACAGCUUGAUAUCGCUCUGGAGGGAGGUGCAGACUCUCCGUUAGGAAAGUUGGUGAUAUGUUCUGUGUAUGAAGGUGGCGCUGCAGAUAAGCACGGUGGCGUUGUACCCGGGGAUGAACUUAUGGCCGUGAAUGGGAAGAUCCUGGUUGAUGCCACAUUGACUGAGGGACAAAACUAUCUGGCUCGGGCCUGGAAUAGUGGAGGGGACUGGAUCGAUGUUGUGAUCAGUGUUUCCCCUCCGAAAGAAUAUGAAGAUGAAGUAACAUUCUUCUAGUCUCAUCAACAGCCUGCCAAGAAAACUACACUGAUUAAACAGCUUUUCACUGUUCACCUUUACGCUGAAGAUGGUCUUUUGUUUUUACUUAAAAAUUACUAUCACGCUCUUAUUAAGCCUUUUGUCAUGUGACGAGAUAUUGGCACCAUACAGUCAAUACACAUUCUCACUGCAUUCUCACUGUCUGGUUUUGUUGAAGGAUGAUCCAGUCAAUAUUCCGUUGACUCCAGUAAUCUUCCUCACAUCUUUCAAGCCAGAAAAUGGUUGACCUCAUUUAGAUCUGCACAGCCAUGAUCAUUCCCUUCAGACAUGUCUCAUCUGUCAGCAUAACAAAAAAGGGCAAGUUAAAACAUGCAAACUGUAAUCAAUAGCAGCUCUGUAAUCUUCUUUUCCAAAGCCUAAUAAAGCCCAAUCAUGAGUUUUUGUUGUGCAUA